GUUUUGUUAGUUUCACUGUAAUCACAGAAGCGAGGUGGACGCUGGAGCUACUAGCUUAAGGACCACAUAAACAAGUCACUAUGCGCCCUUGUCGUACUACGCGGGCAUCGCUUCCUGUAAGAAUGAAUUUGAGAAGCUUCCGAAAUGUGCCUCUGGUCCCCAUGGAAACAUCCUCAUCCGAUGACAGCUGCGACAGUUUUGGCUCAGAUAACUUUUCUAACACGAAGAAAACCUUCAAAGCAGAGAUUGUCACAGAAGAACUGGCAAAGAUUUUUGAUGCAGACUCGGAUAACGAGUCUUUCUGUGGCUUCCAGUGCACUGAGCUUCAAGAUGUAAUGGGCACAAUGAAAGUGGAAUCUGAAGAAGAGUCAUUUCAACCAAGAAGGCAGAGAAGGUCACCCCCAUUAAAAGUAGCCCUGAAAUUCCCUUUAAGGAAAGGGAACACUAGGGAGAGGACGCCUGCAAAGCCACUGUCUCCACAGCAAAAAGAAUCUGAGUCCGAUUCGGAUUCUGAUGAUGAAAAAGGCCCAAAUUUCAUAGAGAAGAGAGCCAUUAAUAUCAAGGAGAACAAAGCUAUGCUGGCAAAACUUAUGGCUGAACUGAAGAAUAUGCCAGGAUUUUUUAAUGGGAGAAUGUCUCUGCCUUCAACUCCCUCGCCCAGGAGACCCUACCGGCGCUCUCUAGGAACAGGCCCUGGGAGGAGGAACCCUGAGCGCAGUGCCCGACCCCAUACCCGCUCGCGCUCCCUGAUUGACGGGCCCCCCACGCCUUCACCAGAGGAGGAUAGCGACGAAGACAAGUACAGCUUGGUGAGGAAGAGGAGGACGAUAGAUGAUGACUAUCAGGGUGAGCCUCGCAGGAGAAGCUAUACAGGUGCUAUGGCCAUCCCUCACAUAGUGCGUCCAGUGGAAGAGAUUACAGAGAUGGAACUUGACAAUAUCUGCUUUAAUGUCAGAGAUAAAGUUUAUAAUCGAGCAACAGGGUCCACUUGCCACCAGUGCCGUCAAAAAACCACCGACACAAAAACUAAUUGUCGCAAUCCCGAUUGUGUGGGAGUGAGAGGACAGUUCUGUGGCCCAUGCCUCCGGAACCGCUAUGGAGAAGAGGUUCGAAAUGCCUUGCUGGAUCCUAACUGGCACUGCCCCCCUUGCCAAGGAAUCUGUAACUGCAGCUUCUGCAGACAGCGAGAAGGGCGCUGUGCUACAGGUGUGCUAGUCUACCUGGCAAAAUACCAUGGAUUUGACAAUGUUCAUGCUUACUUGAAAAGUCUUAAAAAAGAACUUGAAAAUGAAGUGGAUGAAAACUAAAACAAAGAUUAAAACAUUUUGUCUUUAAAAAGAUGACUCCUGCUGUUUUUGAUUUGCUUUUGAAUGUAUGCAGUUUUUGUGUUUGAAUUUCCAGGUGCUUAUCAGAUCCUGAACCAAUCAGUCAUGGAAAAGAACAGAUUUAAAUGCUUGCCUUCUGUUAAUAGUAAUAGUAAGUUUAAAUGUUAACCAUUUGAUCUUUUAUAUUGGAUUUUAAAAUGUCUAUUUGCCACUUCUGUAACUUGACUUUUGGUGAAUAGAUCAAAUGUAUUUUGAUGGUAAUUUUUUAGCAAGUCUUAAAAGAUGUAAGAUAAACACUUCCGCCUUUUGUGAUCAAAAUUUGUUUAACACUGCUUCAUUCCUGUCUUUAAUUCCAAUGAAUUUGUUAAUGUUGGCAGUAUGUCUGUCUCUGUUCAUAUUGGGAAAUUUAUACAGGGUUUAUUUUCAGCACUUAUGAAAUGUACUGAUAUUUUAAUUAACUUGUGUUCCUGUUGAGACAUUGCUCCAUUUUGUUGAAUAUUUUAGCAAGUUGUAUAUAGUAGAGUCAUUGAUCUUGCUUUCAUUUACUGCUUUACCCCAAUCGGUGUUUGUCUACUGAGCUGUAAAAUUGACAUUCAGAGCCACCAUCCCUGCUGCAGCAAGUUCAUCCAGAGUCAUGAACGACUGCUUGCCUUGCACUCCAGGAGGAUUCUCAUACGGAACAGGGAUAAAGUUGAUUGUUUGAUGGAAAAGCAAAGAUUUUGCUCCCAUCGACCUAUGGAAAGGAAUACUAUACCUAGAAAUGCUGAUAACAUUCAUUUGUGAUUGAUUAAAGUUACUAUGUAAUGAUUGUGAUUUAAGAUAAAGGGUCUCCUUUUCUGUAUUGCCAGCACGUUUUCAGCAAAAUAAAAAGAAAUGUGGCG